UGCAUAGAGAUAAGAGACUCUUGUUCCUUUCUUAACCCUCCUUCCUCUCUUCUUCCUUCUUGUCUAUCUUCACUCUCUUCUUCUUCUUCUUCUUGAGAGCGACAGAGAAAAUGGGGAAUUGCCAGGCUAUAGAUGCCGCGGCUCUAGUGAUACAGCACCCUGAUGGGAGGAUAGAGAGGCUGUAUUGGCCCGUGAUGGCGAGCGAGGUCAUGAGGAACAACCCCGGCCACUACGUCUCCCUGAUAAUCCCGCUCCCGUCGCCGACGUUCGAGGAAGAUAACGGCGACCCGAAGGCCGUGCGGUUCACCCGCGUGAAGCUUCUCCGGCCAAGCGAAACUCUCGCUCUUGGUCAUGCCUAUCGCCUUAUUACUUCUCAAGAGGUGAUGAAAGUCCUGAGAGCCAAGAAGUAUGCAAAGAUGAAGAAGCAGCAACAGCAGCCAGAGACAUUUGAGGAAUCAGAAUCCGAGGUGGGGGUAUCAGCACUUAGGGACGCAAGUUGUCAGACAGGAGGAGGAGGAGGAGGAGGAGAGAGCUCUGACACACAAAAGACCAACCAGGAUGGUCGGUUGCGGAAACAUCAGAACCUAAAAAACCAGAACAACAGGCCGACAAACUCUGCCUUGGCGAAGUCAAAACUAUGGCGCCCAACUCUACAGAGCAUUUCCGAGGCAGGGAGCUGACCACUGCUGAAGUAUACAUGUGCCAAGUUCUUGUGGAGAUAAAUGUCAUGUGCCAGAAUUUGUCUUAAUGGGUAUGCAGAGAAUGAUUAAUUGCUGCAGAACCUUUGCCUUGUUAGGUGUUACCAGCCCUCUGUACAGUCAAGUCAUAAGCAGCAGCAAUCGAAUAUGUUUUCAUGAAAAUUCACGAAUACUCUAUUGUUUAAUCAUUAUCACGGUCAUAAUGCAUUAAGUGUACAACAUUUGAGACAGCACAAUAAUACAAUUCAGCUCGAUCGUCUCGUGUUCCAAA